UUUUAUUUAAUUUAUUCAUGUCUUCUUCAUCAUUCUCUUCUUCAAAUUCCUCUGAUCAACUCGACCUACUCGAUAACCUUCGAACAAAAAAUUUAAAAAUAAAAAAUGAAGAAAAUGAAGAAAAUAAAAUUCAAAAAGAAGAAGAAAAUAAAAAUAUUCCGAAGUAUGCAUAUUUUAUUGGUGGAGGCCUUGUUUCCGUAUUUUUAUUUGCUGGAGUGUAUUAUUUGGUUAGAGGGAGACGAAACAAAAAUUUUUGAUUAUUU